AUAGUAUUUCGCAGGUCAUACCCACUGAUUACUCGCUGGUCAUCGUGUGGGACAUGUCUUGUUUCAGUCAGGCUUCUUACAGGUCUGCUAACAAUAUGAAUGUAUCGGGUUUUUGCCUGUCACGCAAUAACAUAUAUGUCGUCAUUACAAUGGUUACAUCACAUCAUGAACAACCUAUUCAUACAUCCAUCGUCGCUUCAGCGUUGUCUAAUUUAUCUCACAAGUUGGAGAAUCAAUAGAUCGAAGAAUCAGCCCAACCAAAUCGUCCCAGAAAAAUCUAUCGCCGAAAUGACUGCCAGCCCAACCAUGUCGGCACUCGUAGUCCACGAGGAUAGCCCCCAACCUCUUCGCCUCUCCAAGGAACGAAUUCCCAUUCCGCAGCCAGACAAGGCGCAGGUUCUGGUUAAGAUCAGCCAUGCUGCACAGAACCCGACAGACGUGCAAUCGUUGGACAACCACGCUUUUGGCGAGGGCGCUGUCUUGGGUUGUGACUUUGUCGGCGAAAUAGUCGAAGUCGGCAGCUCCGUGCGACGGUACGCGAAGGGCACUAUCAUCGCUGGUUUGAUUUGGGGAGGCGAGACUCCGGGUCUCGGCGCCUACAGUGAGUACACCCUGGCCGACGAGAGAAUCUCGUAUCCAGUGCCAGGGCGCAAUAUCUCGCGCGAGCAGGCGAGCACCGUGCCUCUGGCUGCCGCAACCGCCUGGUUAGCGCUCUUCUCCAAGGACUGCCUGAGCAUCGAUCGCAACCAGCAGAAGGGUAUCAGCGUGCUGGUCUGGGGUGGCAGCUCGAGCGUUGGUCUCUACGCCAUUCAGCUGGCCACCAUGUACGGAUUGGAGGUCAUCACCACCUGUAGCCCCAAACACGCGGAACUGGUGCGCUCGUACGGCGCCCGACACGUCUUUAACUAUAAAGAUGAUCAGGUCGUCGACAAGAUCAAGGAGGUAGCUCCCACGCUCAGCUACGCCUUUGAUACGAUCGGCAAUCCAGAAUCGUCGCCGACGGCCUCGCGUACAUUCCAGGGCGAAACUGGAUCCCUGUGCACAGUGCGACCCGGCAAAGCGAAUACCGAGAAGGUGACAUCCGGGACUCGUAUUACGGAUGUGUUGGUGUGGACUUCCUUCCUCAAGGAUCACACAUAUGGCGAAUUCAAAUGGCCGGCUUCCAAGAGCGAUCAUGAGCUCUCGGCUGAAUUGUUCCACAAGCUUUCUUCCUGGCUGGAGAAAGGUGUGCUCAAGCCUAGCCAUCCCAAGUUGCGCCAGGGGUUGGAUUCGGUGCCUGAAGGAUUCCAGGAGUACCGCAAUGGAGAGAUUUCCGGCUAUAAAAUUGUUUAUGCCUUGGACUAAAUCCAUUCUUUGAGAGCCGAGGUUGCUUCUUCGUCCCCAAUUGUUAUUUGAUAGAUAAAU